CUAUCAAUAAUGUCUGUAAUAAACAAACAAAUUCAUAAGUAAUUCGGUUUUUAAUCGUAUGUAAUGUCAUUUGUAUUUAAUGAGAUAUAGGUAAACAAAAAGACAGCCAUCUUUAUUUAUUUCCGUUCAUAAAUAUUUUAUUAUAUUACGGCAUUUUAUCAGGACACCUAUUAAGUCAGCUGACAGCUCCUUUAGUGUCAGUAGAGAUGAAAAUGUCAGGAUUAAAUGGAGAUCCAGAGCUUAUAGCUGAUGAUGAUGGAAUCAUUGAGGAUGAGGAUGAUUUUAAUGAGGAAGAGUACGCUGCCAUUAACUCCAUGCUGGACCAGAUAAACUCCUGCCUGGACAACUUGGAGGAGAGGAACGAUGCUCUGAACGGACAACUGCACGAGCUCCUGGAGUCUAACCGGCAGGCUCGGCAAGAGUUUCGAGCUCAGCUCAACAAAAAGCAACCGGAGGAGAAGAAAGCACCGGCGUCUGAGGGAUGACGACCGGAUUCCAGUUCUGACUCAUUCCACUGGCAUAAAACCGUCCUGUAUUUGUGUUUGCUGUAUUUACUAUACGGUGUAGAAACAUCAAGCUUUGUGUGUACAUCCAUGUUCCUCCAUGUCAUGUUUUAUUAUUGUUUUAUCCGAACAAAGAUGAUUAUUUAUGAUAAAUAUUUAAUAAAUCACUCCUUUUGAAACCAA